CGGAGUUCCUCCGCACGAGCACGAGCACGCCGCGGUCCUCCCACGGCCACGUCGUCGCGCGGCCGCUCGGGCAGGGCCAGAGGGGGCGGGGCCGUACGGGAACGUACCCAAAACGUGGAGUGGAGUGGGUCUGUGGGGGAAGAAUGGCAGCGUCGUCCUCAUCCUCCUCGGCGGGAGGCGUGAGCGGAAGCUCCGUCACUGGAUCGGGCUUCAGCGUCUCCGACCUCGCACCACCCCGGAAGGCACUUUUCACCUACCCCAAAGGAGCCGGAGAGAUGUUAGAAGAUGGCUCGGAGAGAUUCCUCUGUGAAUCCGUUUUCAGCUAUCAAGUAGCGUCCACGCUUAAACAAGUGAAGCAUGAUCAGCAGGUUGCUCGGAUGGAAAAACUAGCUGGUUUGGUUGAAGAGCUGGAGGCAGACGAGUGGCGGUUCAAACCCAUCGAGCAGCUGCUGGGCUUCACACCCUCUUCCGGCUGAGGCUCCGCCAGGCGGGACCAGCAUCACCUGGGCUGGGGAGCACCGCUCUGUUGCUGAGUGUUCCUUCCAUCCACGCUUGGUUUCUUUGUAUCUAUCCAUUAGCAACAAAUGUAACAUGUGUGGGAAAUUUGUGUUUGUUUAUUUUACUAAGAACUGAAGCUGGAGCUGGGGUUCCCUGGCGGACCAAGAGGUAGGGGUUUAAGAGCUAUUUGUGAAACUUCCCAAGUCCGGGAAGGGAGAAGUGACCAGCUGCGAAAUCUCUCUCCUGUCAUUCAUGCAGUGCCCGGCAAGCCACAGGCCGGGAUUGACACGGUGAAAACAGUAUUUCUGACCUAAAACAGAUCUCUCUGGGGGAGAAUGUGAUUUCCUCUUGGGAUCUCUUCAAAUGAGAAAUUUUUUUUUAAGUGUUUGGGCGUUGGGGAGGAGUUAGGUCUUUUAUUUCUAUGCAUCUAAUUCUUUAGAGUCUUAGCUUUUUCUGACCUCUUCAAGACACGUCAAAUUCUAGCCAAAGAAAUUGCUUUUUGAGUGCUGAAAAUAAAGCAGUGGGAAAAAUCCUUUUAAACACAGAAAUCCUGAGUUCAGCUCUGGUAGCUUCAAACAAUCCUGUAGCAAAUAAAUCCUUUGAAAGAGC